AUGGAGCUCCCCUGUCUCGCGUGGUUCUGUGUGAUUUGGACAACUUCAAGUUACGCCUCCUACUUCAAGUUACGCCCCCGUCUUGCAGUCUGCAGACGUACACGCUUGGAAUAUCCAGAGGCAGGCUUUUAUCUUAGAAAAUCGCGCAAAAAAUUGAGCGCAAAGGAGGAGCAGAGAGGGAAAGGAGAAAAGCCCUGGCCACAGACGCAGCAAGUUGCUGCAAAAUCCCAGCCAUUUUCGCCAGUAAGGGAGCAGCACCAGCCAGAUUCAUCCCCAUCUCCAGUGACACGCGAGGACAGUGGAAGUGCUGCUGGAGAUGAAAGACACAAGUCUUCUGAACCACAGCAGCCAGAAUCGUCCCCAUAUACAGUGACAUCCGAGGACAGUGGAAGUGCUGCUGGAGAUGAAAGACACGAGUCUUCUGAACCUCAGCAGCCAGAAUCUUCCCCAUAUACAGUGCCAUCCGAGGACAGUGGAAGUGCUGCUGGAGAUGAAAGAUGCAAGUCUUCUGAACCACAGCAGCCAGAAUCGUCCCCAUAUACAGUGCCAUCCGAGGACAGUGGAAGUGCUGCUGGAGAUGAAAGACGCAAGUCUUCUGAACCACAGCAGCCAGAAUCGUCCCCAUAUACAGUGCCAUCCGAGGACAGUGGAAGUGCUGCUGGGGAUGAAAGAUGUGAGUCUCCAGGCCAAGAUAUUACAGGAAGCAACAGAUUUGCAAAACGUUGCAAUGCAAUUAUUUCUAAUGCCCCACUUGACAAGCAUGGAGAGGUCAAUAUGUACCAAUGCAAAGGGCUUAUUGAUCACCUCAAGAAAUACGUUCUGCCAUUUGCUGGAUUAUGGACCGGGAUAAUGUUAGGUGACCUUGGACGACAUGAGACAGGACCACAAUAUAAGCAGUGCUCCAGGAGAUACAAUGCCCUGAGAAAGCUUACAAGACAAAACAUUACACAGGACAACAAAACUCUAGGAGUAAUAGAAAAGAGCCAGUGGGACUUGAAACAUAUUCGUUUUACUUCUGGCCGGCUCACCAGGCUUGAUAACUUUGUAGCCCAGUAUCGGAUUAGCCACACUGUACUCCUGAAGGAGUAUGAGGACUCUGAAAGAGUUUUCUGAAGGAAGGUUAGAAUAUUUUGGAAAGGACAAUAAUAGGAGAAUUUUUUUAUUUAUUAUUCUUUUUUAUUGCCUUUUAACUAUACACAUGUACAUACACAUUUCAAUGUACCAAAUAAAACAUAAAUCAACAAACAAAACAAAACAAAACCAAAAGCUUCUCAGUAUUUUACAUUAAUAUACAAUACCACCUCUUUUCUUUUCUUCUAUCAAAACAUUUCCAACUCCACCACAUUUUACAAACAAUUUGAAAGGUCCAUUUACAUUUAUUUUUUUAUAUAUAUAUGUUAUCUUUUCCAUUGACAUGUUUAUUACCAUCUCUUUCAGCCAACGACCUAUACUUGUUGCACAUGUACUUUUCCAAUUUAAAGAAAUAAGCCGUUUCGCUUGAAGAAUACAUAUAUUUAUAAAUAUAUGCUCUGUUUUCUUUAACUUGAUCUCCUUAGGGUAUAAAUGAAAUAAAAAGAUUAAAGGUGACAGUGGUAUGUUAACAUCAAGGAUAUUUUCUAUCAUUCCUUUCACACCUUUCCAAAACUUCUGAAGUUCUUCACACUCCCAUAUACAGUGAUAUAAUGUUCCUUUAAAGCCACUGCAUUUUAAGCAAGCGUCUGGGAUAUUUUCAUUGUAUUUAUGUAAUACAACUGGAGUUAUGUAAAUCCUCAUCAACCACUUAUAUUGUAGCAGUUUCAGACGUGUGUUCAUUAUAAGUGAUUGAGCUUCCUUGCAUGCUUCCAUCCAGUCCUCCAUUAAAAUAUCCACCUUAAGAUCCGAUCUCCAAGCUUCCAUUUUAUAAUCUGAAGACUCCUUUGAUCCUGACAUCAACAUAUUGUAUAAUGAAGAAAUUAAACCUUUACUAAAACAA